AUGAAGGAGUUGCUACGCACAACCAAUGGCUCGAGCGCACCGCACCACGUGAAGAAAAAAAACCACCGCAACGCGACCGCGCGUGAGAAAAAACAGCGAGGGUCAGGCGAGCGCACCGCACCACGCGAGGGAAAAGACCACCGCUCCGCCCGUCCGCUUUCUCCUUCAUCCCCGUUCCCUCCUCUCCAACCGCCCGUCCUCCUCGAGCCCCGCCCCGCGUCCCUCCUCCUCCUCCCUGCUCGCUCACAUCGCGGGCGGCGCCACCUCCUCGCUAGGCCCAUCUCUGCCCACCCUCUCUUCCUCGCGAUUCGGAGCAGAAGGACGGAUGCGGCCACCCAGGCGUCGGCGCCGGCGCCGGCGCGGGAUUAUAGAGGAGAGGGGACAUCGAUGGCCAGGCAAGGAAGGACGAGGGGGAAUCUGGUGGAGGUGAUGAGGGAGCUGCUAAGGUGGGGCAGGAGAGGACGGCUCGCCGACAAGCUCGAGUUGGAGGCGGGUAUGGAUAGCCUGAUGAGAGCAGCCCAGUAGCCGCACCUCCGCAACUUUGCCAAUGUAUACAGUCAUCAGUACCAUCUCUUUACCGCAGUUUUUGCCUUCCAUUUUUUUGAGUUGUUUGAUUCAUUUCAUUUUCCAACUGAAUCAGCUCUCGAGGUUUACGCAUAGCCCUAUAAGAAGAUCAAUCAUCGAUGACUUGCCGAUUUACAGGCACGUAAAAAAAUACAUACUUUCUAUGUGUUCUUGGGAUCAACUAAUGUGAGAUCGUUUUCUCUUAUUUCAUUGUUCUUGCUGCUGCAUAUAUCUCUUCAUGCAUCUGAAUCACUGAAAAUUACAGGAGAAAACAGGUUGGGGGGAUAUGAGGCUAUUGGUCUUUAUUCCUUCAUGUAGGUUGAGGUAUUUCGGAGUUGGUUCACUCGGAAAAAAGGUGUGUUGAUGGUUUGAGUUUUUGCAUCAGCAGCAAGUCAGAUUUUUUCUACCGGGGAGCAUCAACCUUCUUCCCCCCAUGAUCGUUACUUUGUUGGCAUGAGCUUUCUAGAAUGUAUUGUUUGAUUGUCUCCCAUGUUAGCAGAUAGGUACUAGCUAGAACACCCUUUUUAAUGAUGUAUUUCAUGGAUACAUUGUGAUGGAGCAUUAGUUGGCUUGCCUUUUGUGUCACUCACUCAUUGACGAAUUUUUCAGUUUAGGAGGUUUUGUGGCCUCUUGGUUCAGAAUGCAAAUAAACAAUAUGCGCCAUGGUUUGAUCAGAAUGCAAAUAAACUGCAGUUUUAA